AUGAUAAUAAUAAUAAUAAUAAUAAUAAUAAAAAUAAUAAUAGGAUUUUUCCAAUUUGAAAAUAAUGUCUUUAAAUUAAAAAUCAAACACACUAAGAUACACUACGUUUUAAGUUUUUUUUUUUUUUGUAUUUUAAUUGUUUUUUUUGUAUGUUGGAAAUACUUAAUAAGGGGUUUUUUUUUUUAUAUAAGGGCUACUUUAGGUUUUAAAAAAAAAAAAAAGGAAAAAAAAAAAAAAAAAAAAAAUUCCCCCCCCUUUUUUUUUUUUUUUUUUUUUUUUUUUUCCAAAAUUAAAAUUUUUAUAUUUUAUUUUUUAUUUUUUAUAAAAACUAAGAAAAAUAUCUUUUUUUUCAAAAAAAGCAAAAAAAAAAAAUUUUUGAUCUGGAAAUAA